GCCAGUGCCCCAAAGCGGCCCAGUGAGCUCACGAUCUCGCGAGCAGAGUAUGCUUUUUGGAGAGGAGAAUGCAGCACGGCAGUGGCUGUUUGGCCCAAAGGUUUUUUCAGUUCGCGGAUUGCUUGACGCACGGGCAUACAGCAUUAUUGAUGUUGGACCGCACCAGGCCUUUUCAGCAUGUCGAUGCGUCGCGGCGUGUCCGCCAGCUGCUCCUACAAGUCUGUCCCGCGGACGAACGUCCCCAGAAUGCCGACACGGUGGAGCGAGGCAUCCGUUGGCCGACGAGCAGCGAGUGUUCGACAGAAGAAGUCAAGGUUACCGCGAAGAGCGAGUACGACCCAGGGGCGUCUUCGCCAGAGAAAGGCAAGUGGGAAUGGAACUACACCGUGACGAUAAGAAACGAGUCGGACCGCACAGUGCAGCUCUUGACGCGACAUUGGGUGAUCACAGACGCCAGCGGCAGACAGCAGGAGGUCGGCCCACAGGCCUAUGGCGUGGUCGGGCAGCAGCCAAUACUGCGCCCAGGGGAGUCAUUCUCCUACGUGUCGGGCUGCCCCCUGCCCACGUCCUUCGGCACCCUGCAGGGAAGUUACGAGAUGGUGGUGCUGGAGCCUGCGGCUCUUCACGGGCAGCGCUUUCAUGCUCAGAUUGACGGCUUCGGCCUGACCAUGGAUGGCAGUGACGCGCUCAUGCCUAUCGUGAUACCGUAGAGUCGCGUCAAAACAACAACAUUACCCAGCAAAGCACCACACUAGCAGCAAGUGUGAACAGGCG